AUGGCGGAACCUGAUCUGGCAACUGAAGCCAGAUUAAGAAAGAAGAAGAGAGAAAAGAAAUCCUCAGAAGAUGGAGGAGGGGGAGAAGAAGAGGACCCAUUGCCUCUCAUGGCACUGAAUCACGUGUCCAGGCUCUGCAGAUCAGUGGACAACACCAUAGAAUUCUACACCAAGGUUCUUGGGUUCGUCCUCAUCAAUCGUCCACCAGCCUUCCACUUCGAUGGUGCUUGGUUAUUCAAUUAUGGAGUAGGGAUUCACUUGUUGCAGUCCAAGGAUAAAGAGAGAUUGCCACAAUCGAGCCAUAUAGAUCCAAUGGACAACCAUGUCUCGUUUCAGUGUGAAGAUAUGUAUGCGAUAGAGGGAAGGUUGAAGAGGAUGAAGAUAAAAUAUAUAAAGAGGACGGUGGAAGACGAAGGGGGAACUUCCAUUGACCAGUUGUUCUUCAAAGACCCAGAUGGGUUCAUGAUCGAGAUAUGCAACUGUGAGAACCUGAAGCUCGUCCCUGUUGGUUCCUUGGGCCGUAUCAAGCUUCCUUUAGAUCGGCAUAACCCACCUGUAGAGUUACAUCAAGAUAACCAUAACCUUGUUCACAGUCAAUGUUAAAAAGCAAAAGUGAAACAGCCAUGG